AUGUUAUGGGAGAAGGAUGGAGCCACCAAAGCUACGUUGAAGCACUUUUUUCAAACUCACUUGACAUCUACCCCUGCCUUCCGUCAUUCGCCUUCCAAAGUCACCGUUCAACUUUACUAUUAUGCUGAUCCUACUUUUGGUAAAGUAGCUGAUUUCAAGUUAGAACCUCUUGAGAAACUCGUCAGCUCGCUUUAUCCUGGCAAAUUCGUUGACUUACGUUUCACCAAAGUCAACUACCCUUAUAUGAAUGCAGAGAUUCUUGCACAGUAUCUUACCAUUAACGCCGAAAGAAUUGGAUGGUCUCAAUUGACUCGUCGAUUCAUGAAGGGUGUUCCCUUGGUGAAACCUCCUCUUCCUCACAACAUGCCCUUUGCUGUCGAAUGGAACAAUUUAUUACCUCAAGUAGCUAAUGGACAAUUGACCUCUGCCAUUCAAGGUAUUAAAUAUCAAGUUUCCGGUCGUCUUGGACGUAGAAAGGGUGCUUCCAGAACACAAACCAUGCGUAAAUCUUUGGGUACUUUCCAAUUCACCAGUCAUAAGUCUUUGGUCGAUGUGGGACGUCACACUUUUGCUAAUAAGAAUGGUAGCAUCACUGUCAAGGUUUGGAUCGCAUCUGCUUUAUUCGGUGUCAAUGCAUUAGCAAAGAAGAUGGGCAAGAAGGCUAUUGAAUCUGCCAAACUUUAA